AUGGCCAGGGACGCUAGGAAACGCAAGGCUGAUGUCGUCGAUCUCACUGCGAGUGACCAAGAGGACCCUCGCCGCCCGAGAAAAAUUGGCAGAGGUGACCAGACGAAUGCUCACCUGAACGUGAGCAAUGGGCAGCGCUUCGGCGAAGACGCUGUUUUCAUACCGCUCAGUCAAGCUUCUCAGAUCAGUCUACUCGACGAAGAUGAUGCCGGAGCCAUCGACCUUAUUCAGGGCAGCCAAGACUUCGAUGAUGCUGCUUACAGCAACUACGAGCUUUAUGACGAUCUCCAUACGAAGAUCGUGGGUGUCCGCUAUUACCAGGGACAUGCAACCUUAGGAGAACACGUUAUUCUAAAGAGAGAACCGGGAAAUCCCUACGACUCGAAUGCGAUUCGAGUAGAUAAUGUGAUGGGCCAGCAGAUUGGUCACAUUCCCCGAAAUAUGGCGGCAAGACUGGCUAAAUACAUGGAUUCGAAGAGUCUCCUAAUUGAAGGCAUUCUGACCGGUAUGAUCGGCGCAUAUGAUUGCCCGAUUGUUUUGAAGCUCUACGGUCCUAGCGAGCCCAGAGCGAAAGAACAAGUGAAAUCCCAAAUGCAGAUUGAUAAACUCCCGAUAGGGGAGGUCAAACGCAGGGAGCGAGAACAGCGGAGACUCGAAAAGGAGCGCGAGAAGCAACGCAAGGAAGCCGAGAAGAGAGCCCGUGCAAUGGCAAAGGCUAUGGGACAAGGGAUGCAAUGGAACAUUCCGGAUCAAGCGAUGUUUGCCAAUCUCUCCACUCCGGACGGAAUGGGUGAGGGCGCGAGUCUGGAGGAUCUCAUUAAUCAGAGCAGCACCUUCAACCCUCGCCAAAUGGUGCAGGCAGUUGAGAAGUUUGGAGUCAACGAGGAGGACUUGGCCAACAUGCCAAUGGCCGAAAUUCCUCCUGGACUAGCAACCCAGCUUCUCUCGUAUCAGCGACAGGGCUUAGCCUGGAUGCUCGAAAAGGAGUCGCCACGUCUGCCCGCUGCAGGAUCUCAGGACGUCGUGCAACUCUGGAAGCGCGAGGGCAACAAAUAUAGAAACAUUGCUACUAACUUUUGCACUACAAAAGAACCACCGCUUGCGAGCGGGGGAAUCCUAGCUGAUGACAUGGGCCUGGGAAAGACCAUUCAGAUUAUUUCCUUGAUUCUCGCUAAUCCACAACCUAGAACCCCAGAGUCUACAAGGACAACACUGAUAAUAAGCCCUGUUGGUGUGAUGAGCAACUGGAAAAAUCAGAUCGAGGCCCACGUUAAAGAUACACACGCCCUCCAUGUCCUCGUAUAUCACGGCGCCGGCAAAAAGGAGGCAGCCAACCUCGGUCAGUACGAUGUCGUCAUUACGAGUUAUGGUGCUUUGGCCAUGGAAUACAAUCCAAACGACAAAUCAAAGAAAAUACCAGCCAAAGGCCUGUACUCCAUCCACUGGCGUCGUGUUGUCCUCGAUGAAGGUCAUACAAUCCGCAAUCCGCGCUCUAAAGGGGCACUUGCGGCCUGCAAUCUUAGAGCGGAUUCUCGCUGGACACUGACAGGGACGCCAAUUAUCAACUCGCUCAGAGACUUGUACUCUCAGAUUCGAUUUCUACGACUUUCAGGGGGUCUUGAAGACCUGGCGGUGUUUAACAGCGUCCUUAUUCGCCCUCUAAGCUAUGGGGAUCCUGAGAGCACGUCUCUCCUCCAGACGAUGAUGGCAGCUAUCUGCUUGAGACGUCGAAAGGACAUGUCUAAGUUCUGGAAUUUACCAAUCAGCGUUUUGCCAAGUACUGACAGAGACUUUAGAUCGGAGGCAAAGGGCAUGCUUAGCAAGUACCAGUCCAGCGAUAAGCAUGGCAAUGCGACAUAUUCACACAUUUUGGAGGUCAUUCUCCGCCUGCGUCAAGUGUGCAACCACUGGGCGCUUUGUAAAAACCGCGUUGACAAGCUCAUGGCUUUGCUGGAAGACCACAAAGUCAUCGACUUAACACCGGAAAACGUGAAGGCCCUUCAAGAGAUGUUACAGUUGAGGAUUGAAAGUCAGGAGACUUGUUCCAUCUGUCUCGACACGCUGGAGCAGCCAGUUAUCACUGCUUGCGCACACGCAUUUGACAGAUCAUGUAUCGAGCAAGUCAUCGAGAGACAGCACAAAUGCCCGCUCUGCCGCGCGGAGAUCAAGGACACUUCUGCUCUCGUACCUCCCGCAUCGGAGAUGGGUGAAGAUACCGGGAGUGUCGACGUCGACCCGGACGCUCCAAGCAGCAAGAUCGAAGCUCUGAUCAAGAUUCUGACCGCACAGGGACAAGCACCUGACACAAAGACGGUUGUCUUCAGCCAGUGGACAUCGUUCCUCGACAUCCUCGAACCUCAUCUCAAGCGCAGUGGGAUAGUUUUCACUCGUAUUGACGGGAAAAUGCCAUCUGCUAAACGAGACAACGCCAUCACCGUUUUCUCGACCGAUCCGGAUUGCAAGGUCCUGCUCGCGAGUUUGAAUGUCUGCAGCGUCGGACUCAACCUGGUCGCCGCCAACCAGGUGAUCCUCGCAGAUAGCUGGUGGGCACCAGCCAUCGAGGACCAGGCGAUGGACCGCGUCUACCGACUGGGCCAGACACGGGAGACCACCGUGUGGCGACUGGUUAUGGAGGACAGCAUCGAAGACCGCGUGCUGGAGAUCCAGGAAACCAAGCGCCAGCUGUCGAUGGCCGCUCUGCGCGAGACUGGGAAGAAGAAGAGGGCCGAAGACACGGCGGCAAGGAUUGCGGAUCUCGAGAAACUGCUACGUUAA